AUGCCUUCAUCCGGCGCGCUCCCACCCUCGGUCGAGAAAGCCUACUACCGCAAAUGUAUCGAGCUCCGCAGACGUAUCAACGAGAUUGAAGAGCAUAACGAUGCCACGCGCCUCCGCAUCAAGCGGCUGAACCGCUCCGUCCUGAAGAUGCGCCUCGAGCGCGCGUUCCUCCUCGAGCAGCUCCAGCAACGAAUGGACUACAAUGUCGAUCACUCAGACAACAGCACCAGCCCGCCUCCCACUGUGAGUAGCCUCGCGCCUCCACAACCACCAGACCUACCGCUACCACGAGACAACCGACUAACCGCCUCCAAGCCGCAAGACAAGCCUCUCCGUUCAAAGCGCUCGCACCGCAAGACGACUCCCACCGGUGCUCCGCCGUCAAGCCAACAGGGCGCUGCGUCGCCUCCGCCAUCGUCCUCACAUCACUCGCAUGCCCAUGCCCUUGCGCCUCAUGUGCCACUGUCCUCUGCGCACUCAACUCCUGAUCCGUCGGGUCGCAUGCGCUCGGAGGUAUUCUACCCACCGACCAGCGAAUUUGCAGCGGCGGUGAAUGGUUCAAGACCCAUCCCGCCAACAAAUCAAUACGAGCCAUCACCAGCCGCACCAGGAACCUUAUACGACGAGCGUCGCAGUGUGUCGACAGCAAUGGAAAACGGAGGUGACAGGGGCCACAGUGGUCGAGGGUAUGCAGCUGGAACGACCGGCUCAGAUGUCAGGACUGAUGCGAAUGGAGAAAGACGCGUCGCCCGAGAUGAGGAGAUGGCGGACGCGGAAGCGCCUCGAGAGGCAGGAGCACUUGGAGGCUUCACAGCCGUCAAUCGAUGA